AUGGAAUGCUUCUCCAACAGCAAAGCCAACCCACAACGCGCCGCCAAGCUCCUCGCUGAAAACGAAGAGAAAUCGAACAAUUGUAAGAUGUUGGUUGGCUUAUUCGAGUUCAAUGACCAAGUGAACCAAUGGAAGUACACUGGUGACACCUUCGAGCAUGUGUGGACCGGUGAUUGGUCAAUAUAUGACCGUGAUAGCCACUUUCUUUUCAACAGUGACGCCUCGGUUCUCUAUGUGGCGACGCGCGACGACAACACGCUCUAUGCCCUGGACGCCACCAAUCACCUCAAAGUCAUUGCCAAGGUUGACCUGCCCUUCCGUCCCAAGAGCCCCACCCUGGCCCUUACCCCCAAGAACUCUACUCUCUACAUCACCAGUACUUUUCCCUGGGUCGUGAGCGUAUACAACGCCAGCACUCUCCAGUUGUUGGGGACCGUCCCGAGUGGACGCCAUGACUUCGACACGCUGGGUGAUGAGGACAUGGCCAUAAUAGCCAAGUUCUACAACCCCUCCACCUCAAUUGCCCACCGCCGUAUAUACCUCGCCGCUGACAACCGUGACGCAGUAGUGAUCGAUACCCCCCAGCUGCAUUGCGUCUCCCACACGCUGGUUUGCCGAAUCUCAUCAUAUGUGGAUCUAGUCUACACCAGGGAUGGCGGUGACAAUCCCUGGCUUCUAGAUUUGGAAACGCUGCGCACAGUGAUGGUGGACCUAGUCGAGGACGACUUCGUUGAUUUCGAGUUCGCUGACGCUUCCAAGGUUGUAUUCAGAAGCGGCAAGGGUGAAAUAUUCGAGGUGUUCCAUGACCAGCUGAGGAAGUGCAUGGAUGCAGAGGGCCAUCUGUCUGCGGAUGCUCCUACCACCAUUGCAGUAAAUGCUGUUGAGAUUUGGGACCUGUCCUCAACUUCCCUUUUUAUUUAG